AUGAAGCUCGCUGCGCCCAUCGUAGCCGCCACGGCAGCUCUGCCCCUCGCGUCGUCAACCAUCAUCACAGCGUACCAAAACAUCACGCUCCCAACAACCAACACCACCCUCCUCGGCAACAUUUACAACCACUGGAUCUACCUCGGAAAUGAUACAUAUGAUCUCACGCGGUCCAUGAUCGCACCCACGACCAAGCCCGUCACCAUCCCCAUGACCGGAUCCCGGCAACGCGCCAUUAUCGAACCCUCGCGUUCCGCGCUCAUCAUAAUCGACAUGCAGAACUUUUUCCUCCAUCCAGAGCUCACUCCUAGCGCCGAAGGCGGCCGGAAAGCAGUGGAGCCCACUCUUAAAAUGAUUGACGCUUUUCGUAGAAAUGGUAUGCCCGUGCUCUGGACCUUCUGGGGCCUCGAUGGAAAGGAUCUCCGAGAUCUGCCUCCUUCGGACAUUGCGGGAUUUUCGAGCACCAAGCACAGUCCUACGAAUUCGUUUGGCAGCGAUAUGGGGAAACUGAAAGACGGCACCGAGCUGGGCCAAAUGUUGAUGCGCGGCUCGUGGAAUGCGAGACCGUAUGGGCCAUUGUACGAUGCGCAGAUCCAAGGUGUCAAGAACGGAACGGACCAUUAUUUCAACAAAAACCGUGUGAGCGGCAUGUGGGGUGCGCAGACACCGCUUGGUCUCUGGUUGGAAGAAAACCAGAUCACCACUCUUUUCUUCGGAGGUGUAAACUCGGAUCAAUGCGUGUACGGUACGCUCCUAGAUGCCGGUUUCAAGGGUGCCGCUCAAAUGGUCAGGUAUAAUUCAGACCUCAACGGUUUUGUAUCCAAUUCAUCUUUGAUCAUACCCGCACUCUCCUAG